UGCUCGCGCACGCAGACUAGGGGAGCUGCGGUGGCGUGCUCGCGCUCCCGCCUGGGCCCUGUCCCAGUGGCGUCAAUCUGUGCCCUGCGAUGUCGGGUCGGAAGCCUGCCUCUAGUCGCGCCGCUGCCGCCGGCCCAGCUCCUGCAAGGCAAGAGGUUUUGAGCAGAUUCUUCCAGUCUACGGGAAACCUGAAAUCCACUACGUCCCCCACGGGUGCAGUCCCGAAGGCCGGCCCUGACUCUGAUUCCGCAGCGCCCCUAGCGUCCACUCUCCCGCUUCAGUUGCCGCCACACGUGGUUGUGGAAAUCGGCAGAAGUAAAAAGAGACCACUGGAGAAUGAUGGGCCUUUUCAAAAGAAAGCAAAGAAAGUCCAAGAAAAGGAAGGAGGGAGUGAUUCAGUAAUGUCUGGGAAUGUUGAGCCAAAGAAAUGUCUGAGGAUGAAGACUGUUUUAAAGUCUCUGGAAAAAUUGAAAGAAUUCUGCUGCGAUUCUGCCCUUCCUCAAAAUAGAGUCCAGACAGAGCCUCCUCAGGAGAGAUACGCAGUUCUGCCAAAAUGUACUGAUUUUGACGAUAUCAGUCGUCUCCGUGCAAAGAAUGCAGUUUCUUCUGAAGAUUCCAAAUUGCAAAUUAGUCAAAAGGACAAGACACUUUUCGAUCUCAGUCCUUCUGGAUCUUCACAAAAGGGUAAUGACAAUUUACAGACAACUUCUGAUCCUAAACCAUCUAACAAACGGACCAAGAGCAUCUACACACCUUUAGAAUUACAGUACAUUGAAUUGAAGCAGCAGCAGAAAGAUGCAAUUUUGUGUGUGGAAUGUGGAUACAAGUAUAGAUUCUUUGGGGAAGAUGCAGAGGUUGCAGCCCGGGAGCUCAAUAUUUAUUGCCAUUUAGAUCACAACUUUAUGACAGCAAGCAUACCUACUCACAGACUGUUUGUUCAUGUACGCCGCCUCGUGGCCAAGGGAUAUAAGGUGGGAGUCGUGAAGCAGACUGAAACUGCGGCAUUGAAGGCCAUUGGGGAUAACAGAAGUUCACUUUUUUCCCGGAAACUGACUGCUCUUUAUACAAAAUCUACACUUAUUGGAGAAGAUGUGAAUCCUUUAGUCAAGCUGGAUGAUGCUAUAAAUGUCGAUGAGAUAGUGACUGAUAAUUCUACCAACUUUCUUCUGUGUAUCUGUGAAGAUCAGGAAAAUGUUAAGGACAAAAAAAAGGGGAACAUUUUCAUUGGAAUGGUGGGAGUGCAGCCUGCCACAGGUGAGGUCGUGUUUGAUAGUUUCCAGGACUCUGCUUCCCGUUUGGAGCUCGAAACUCGGAUAUUGUGCCUGCAGCCCGUGGAGCUACUGCUCCCCUCACACUUGUCAGAGCAAACAGAGAAUCUUAUCCACAGAGCCACAGCUGCUCGUGUGCGGGAUGACAGAAUUCGAGUAGAAAGGAUGGAUAACGUGUAUUUUGAAUACAGCCAUGCUUUCCAGGCAGUUACAGAGUUUUAUGCAAAAGAUGUAGUUGACAUCCAAGGUUCUCAAAGUUUUUCUGGCAUCAUUAACUUGGAGAAGACUGUGAUUUGCUCUUUGGCUGCUAUAAUAAGAUACCUCAAAGAAUUUAACUUGGAAAAGGUGCUUUCCAAACCCAAGAAUUUUAAGCAGUUGUCUGGUGAAAUGGAAUUCAUGACAAUUAAUGGAACAACAUUAAGGAAUCUUGAAAUCCUACAGAAUCAGACUGACAUGAAAACCAAAGGAAGUUUACUUUGGGUUUUAGACCAUACUAAAACCUCUUUUGGGAAACGGAAGUUAAAGAAGUGGGUGACCCAGCCACUCCUUAAACUAAGGGAGAUAAAUGCUCGACUAGAUGCUGUAUCGGAAGUACUCCAUUCAGAAUCCAGUGUGUUUGGUCAGAUAGAAAAUCAUCUACGUAAAUUGCCUGAUAUAGAGAGAGGACUCUGUAGCAUUUAUCACAAAAAAUGUUCUACACAAGAGUUCUUCUUGAUUGUCAAAACGCUGUAUCACCUGAAGUCAGAAUUUCAAGCAUUAAUACCUGCUGUUAAUUCCCACGUUCGGUCAGACUUGCUCCAGACAUUUAUUUUAGAAAUUCCUGAACUCCUCAGUCCAGUAGAGCGUUUCUUAAAGCUACUUAAUGAACAAGCUGCCAAAAGUGGGGAUAAAACAGAAUUAUUCAAAGAUCUUUCUGACUUCCCUUUAAUAAAAAAGAGGAAGGAUGAAAUUGAAGAAGUUACUCACAGGAUCCAAAUACAUUUGCAAGAUAUACGAAAAAUACUAAAAAAUCCUUCUGCACAGUAUGUGACAGUAUCAGGACAGGAGUUUAUGAUUGAAAUAAAGAAUUCUGCUGUAUCUUGUAUACCAACUGAUUGGGUUAAGGUUGGAAGCACAAAAGCUGUGAGCCGCUUUCACUCUCCUUUUAUUGUAGAAAAUUACAGACGUCUGAAUCAGCUCCGGGAGCAGCUAGUCCUUGACUGCAGUGCUGAAUGGCUUGAUUUUCUAGAGGAUUUUAGUGAACAUUAUCACUCCUUGUGUAAAGCAGUACAUCACCUAGCAACUGUUGACUGCAUUUUCUCCCUGGCCAAGGUCGCUAAGCAAGGAAAUUACUGCAGACCAACUCUACAAGAAGAAAGGAAGAUCAUGAUUAAAAAUGGCCGGCAUCCUGUGAUUGACGUGUUGCUGGGAGAACAGGAUCAAUAUGUUCCCAACAGUACGAGUUUAUCAGGGGACUCAGAGAGAGUAAUGAUAAUUACUGGACCAAACAUGGGUGGAAAGAGCUCCUACAUAAAACAAGUUGCAUUGAUUACGAUCAUGGCUCAGAUUGGCUCCUAUGUUCCUGCAGAGGAAGCAACAAUUGGAAUUGUGGAUGGCAUUUUCACGAGGAUGGGUGCUGCAGAUAAUAUAUAUAAAGGGCAGAGUACCUUUAUGGAAGAACUGACUGACACAGCAGAAAUAAUAAGACAGGCCACAUCCCAGUCCUUGGUUAUCUUGGAUGAAUUGGGAAGAGGAACAAGCACCCAUGAUGGAAUCGCCAUCGCUUAUGCUACACUGGAGCAUUUUAUUAAAGAUGUGAAAUCCUUAACCUUGUUUGUCACCCAUUAUCCAUCAGUUUGUGAAUUAGAAAAAAGUUACUUACAACAGGUGGGAAAUUAUCACAUGGGAUUCUUGGUCAAUGAGGAUGAAAGCAAAGAGGAUCCAGGUGAAGAACAAGUCCCUGAUUUUGUCACAUUUCUUUAUCAAAUAACCAGAGGAAUUGCAGCAAGGAGUUAUGGACUAAAUGUGGCUAAACUAGCAGAUGUUCCUGAAGAAAUAUUAAAGAAAGCAGCUAGCAAGUCAAAAGAAUUAGAAGGAUUAGUAAAUAUGAAAAGGAAAAGGCUAAAGUGUUUUGCAAAGUUAUGGGAGAUAAAUGAUGCAAAAGGCCUGCAAAAGUGGAGAGACGAGUUUGACGUGGAAGAAAUUUCAGGCUUCUCAUCUUGAUGAGAACGAAGACUACACUUGUGAACAAAACAUGGAGAGUUAAAAAUGCCAUCUGUACAAAACAACUGUCCAGUAACAGCCUAUCUUUGUGUGAUGUGAGCAUAAAAUCAGAACUAUGGUAUAUUCCCAUUGGAAAUAGGCCUUUUGUGUAGAAAGUCUGUGCCAGGUUCUUGUCAUGCUGUCUUACAAAAGUAUAAACAGUUUUGAAUAUUAAGAUUUCUGUUCUAUCAUUAGAAAACUUCAUGAACAGUAAGCUUCACAUAAAAUCACACCUCCUAAAUGAAACCUAACAUGGUAAAAUAUAGUUCACGAACUUUCAGAGAGUGACAUAAAAAUUUAAUUCAUAUUUUUAUUUGUUCCAGUUCAGAUUAAUUUGCAGCUGAGUGAGAUGUCUAGCAGAAGUGUACCUUUCUAUUUGAACUAAAAUAAUUUUAUAAUGCUACCAGUUUAUUCACUAUAAGCGUAAGAAUUUUUGAUAAGAAAUAGAAAAGAUCAUCAGGCUUUUAGAAAGUAGAGCACAGAAGGAAUAAGAUGAUAUGAAAUUUGAAAAGUUAAAUACUGUCACAGUUUUAAGCAAUUUAGAAAUUGUUGGAUGAAAUUAUUUGUCAUGCAUUCAGGUAAUAAACAUUUAAUGAAUACUUGCUA